UCAAAUAUGAGUCUGGUUCAUCCACCUUUAAAAAGCUGACAAAAAUAAUUGGUCUGAAAUUUUCUUAAAAGUUGCUCCACAGCAGAUUUAAGACCAGAUGAUCAAAAUCCCAGCAGUAUAUUUAAUCAUGUAAAUCAGUGUUUUACUGAUUUAAUCUCACUUGUUUUACGUUGUUACUUUAUUACAUUUAAUUGUAGAAUGUAGUGGCAGUGCCUGACACCAGGGGGCGCUACACUUAUUGUGCACUGUUUUGGCUAAAAACCACAAGAUAAAUGUGGAUGUUCUGGUUUUAGCAUCACCCAGACUAAGAUACCGGCUAAUUAACACUUUCAUGCAUUAUGACAAUCUGGAUUGGUUUUUAAGUAUUUUUAUUCAUAUUUAGGCAUGAAAAAGGUUUCUUAACUGUUUUCAUUUAAUUUUUGUUUAAACAUGUGCUUUUCAAAGACUCUUACAUGUCCACUUAGGUGGACAACAUCACCUUUGGAGUGGGUGGCAAGUAUGGGGUGACAUCAGUGUCCAAUGUAGUAGUUUAUGUGAAAGUAUACAAGCAAACAGCCUUUGAAUAUCUGUAACUGUAGUGACCACUGUGUGAAACGGUUAAAUAACAUCAAUCAAAUCCAGCAGUUUCACAGAACUGGAGCUCACACCUGUUGGACCGUCUGUUAGUACAGUGACCUCACAGCAGCCAUAUUAUUGGUCAGAGGGCUCCAACACAAACAUAGUCCAGUUCAGGUGAAGCGAGCGGCUACAGCUGCCUUUCACCUCUCGGUUUGCCUCUGGUGGAUGUUGCAGGAACUGCAGAUUUCUGAGCUGCUUCAGCUCAAAAGAGGAGCUGCUUCGUCUUCAAGAUGGACAUGGGUGUAUUUGGACAGUCGUGAUCUCAAAAUGAUAAAAUGUUAGGAACAAUCUGGAGUCCAUGGUGAUGCAAGGUGUGAUGCGAACAACCUGCGGUGGUACUGGACAACAUCACAGCUCAUGUUUUAGACAUGGGCGCAUAUUUAAAAUGCAAAGUGCUUCAAUCAAUCUGAACUUUCCUGAAAGGUGCAUGCAUUACUUUAAAGUCAGUAAAUUAUUGGUUUGCUAAUUGAUCCUGGAUGAAAGCCAGUGAAGGAUGAUUGAACCGGCUCUCAGGAGCAGGAGCACCAUGAAGCCACCUCCACUGACGCAGUCUCCUCCUGUGCGCAGCUCUGUAUUUGAAGGCGUCUACAACAACGCGCGCAUGCUUCACUUCCUCACAGCGGUGGUGGGCUCCACCUGCGACGUGAGAGUGAAAAAUGGUGCCGUGUACGAGGGAAUCUUCAAGACUCUGAGCUCGCAGUGUGAGCUGGCUGUGGAUGCUGUUCACAAAGUGAGUGACGGAGGAGGAGGGAGCCAGCCCUCUGCUCCCAGGAUCGAGGAUGUUACUGACACCAUGAUCUUCAGCCCCGCUGACCUCGUCACUAUGACGUGCCGGGACGUCGACUUGACCUUUGCCGUCAGAGACUCGUUCACGGACUCGGCCAUCGGCUCGUCGCGGCUGAACGGGGAGCACCGGGAGAAGGUGCUGCAGCGGUGGGACGGGGAUGGAAACGGAGACGGCUUUGACCUGGACUCGGACACGUCGAACGGCUGGGACGCCAACGAGAUGUUCAAGUUUAACGAGGAAGCGUACGGCGUGAAGUCGACCUACGACUCGAGCCUCUCCAUGUACACCAUGCCUUUGCAGAGGGGGAACUUGGAGGUGUACCGGCAGCGGGAGGCUAGGGCGGCGCAGCUAGCCAGUGAGAUCGAGAGCAGCCUGCAGUACCGCCGCCGCGUCUCCCUGGAGAACGACGAGGGAAGGAGCGAGGAGGACAAGUACAGCUCGGUGGUCCGAGAGCGGGAGGAGAGGACGAGUCCUGGGUUCGCCUCCACGAGCAGGGAGGCGAAGUACGUCCCCCUCCCUCAGAGGGCUCGAGAGACUGGCCCGUCUGCCAGCAGCAUCAGACCCGGGGCCUCCGGCCGAGCAGCACCGCCUCCCUCCAGACACCUCCCGCCCAGCUGCUCCUCCCCCAAACCAUCCUCUGAUAGGAGCAGCCCUAUGUCUGUCAGGACCGCCUGCUCUCCCAGCCAAUCACGGAGCAGCCCACCUGCCGCCAGCAGCCCGCCCCACACCAACCACGUUCUUCCACACUCGCGCUCGCACCCGCAGGCGCUAACCGACACCACGCGCUCGUCCGUAAACGGUGUUUCAUCCAGAAUGUCUCCGAAAUCCCUUCAGAGACUCCAGAGCAACAGAACGCUGCGGAGCCCGAACUCCCAGUCCACGCCUGCAGCAUCUCGUGCUAUGAAACCAGACGCCCCUCCCCAGGAUCCUCCGUCUGUCGACCCCGGUUCCUCCUCCCUUUCCACUGUCACCAUGACGACCACCACCAAACCCACUGGCCCCACCCCCCUCUUCCCCGUGGACGUGAGUGAAGUCCUGGGCAACGCCGCCAAAGAGCCGCCUGAAGGUCCGCCCGCUCCACAGGACGGCAAGAACAGCAAAGCUCCGUCUGUGCAGCAGAGGUCUCAGCUGGAGGAGCUCCGCAAGUUUGGCAAAGAGUUCAGGCUGCAGGCGAGCUCCUCCCCUUUGGCGAGCCCCGCCUCUGUAGACGCGCUUCAGGACAGCCCCACCCCCUCCACGGAGUGUUCCUCCUCCUCCUCCUUGUCGUCCCCCAGCCCACCGAGGCCUGUCGUGGCUACAGAGGUAGCUCCACCCAUCUCAGCACCCGCUGCCCUGCUGCCUGCAGCUCCACCCGGCCCCCGCUCCUCAGGGACGGAGGGGCCGACUCCGACCCCGAUCGAAGGGGAGCUGAGCAGCGAGCGAGCGGAGACGCCGACGGCAGCGCAGGUGAAAAACUCGACGCUGAAUCCAAACGCCAAGGAGUUUCUUCCCGUUAAAGGAAACGCGAAACCCGCCUCGAACCCCGUCCCGCCUCGGCCGACCCCGCCCAGCCCCGCGGUGGUCCUCCCAGGCCCGGGACAGCCAGGAGGAGGGGCCAUCUACAGCAGCCCACCUGCACACUACCUGUCCUACAUCUCCCCCAUCCCCCUGCAGGGACACUCCAUCCAGGCUCCUCAGCUGUAUCAGUACACCGUGUCGACCAUCAGUCAGGGGAAAUACCCCAGACCCAAAGGGUUGGUCGGGGGUCCGCGUCCGGAGCACCACGGCUCCCCGGCCUCCUCCAUGAUCUCGGCCUCGGCAGCAGGGCCCCAGCUGGUGGCUUCUCCUUACCCCCAGUCCUACCUGCAGUACAGUCAGGUGAUCCAGGCCUUGCCCCCACACUUCCACGGACAGCCGAUUUACUCGAUGCUGCAGGGAGCGAGGAUGCUGACCUCCGGGGCCGCUCAGCCGCUCGGGCCGCCGGGCCCCCAGUUCCCCGGGCAGGCCGAGGGCCCGCCGGGCCCCCAGCAGGCCAUGUACGCUCCUCAGUCCAUCCAUACUCACCACUCGGGCUCCCUCCAUCCUCCUCAGCCCUCCAGCACACCCACUGGGAGUCACCCCCCACCCCAGCACACGGCCCCCAGCCCAGGACACGCUCAGGUGAGUCAGGGCGCUUCUCAACCUCAGUCCUUGUUUCACUCCGGAGGUCUGUCGGCUCCCACGCCCCCUAACCUGCCGCCGGGCCACGGCUCGCCGCAGGCCGCCUACGCCAUGCAGGGAUACGGCCUGCCCACGCCCCAGCAGCUGACCCACGGCUUCCCGUCAAUCAGCCAGCUCACACAGGCUCACAUAACGGGCGGCAUGUCGGGCCCGCACCACGCUGCCGGCCACGGCCCCCCGCCUGUCAUGCUGCACUACGCCCCCCCUCAGCAGGGUGGCGGCUCCAACCCCCAGCACGGCCCGCCACCCCAGCAGGGGGCGCCGCAGCACUUCUACAUCGGACCCGGUCAAGCUGUCCAGGUCCAGGCUCACCCCGCCCAGCAGCUGUCCUUCCAUCCGUCCGCCAACUGAAGCCGGCCGGAUUCACGAUAGCGGCGUCGCCUCCACCUCGUAACAUUCCCCGCACGCCUGACACGAGUUGAUGUUCUCACCUGGAUGUUUUUUAAAAAGCAGAUCAGACAGAAACGCCUCGCGUGAGGCGGAGCUUCUCGAUUUUUAACAUGUAGGCAGAGACCGUCUGUACACACGGACAUGAAACUGGACUGAAGACGUUCAAACUGGUGGAAACUUUGUGUGCCCCAUUCUUCCUCUGUCCUUUUUACAGACGAAACCAGUUCAUUAUUAAUAAAAGCACUGAAACCGC